AUGGCUGCGGUAUCUCCAGUUGGCCAAGUGGUCCAACUGUUGCUUGCUGCAGCCAGCAGCGAUGCGCGGGCGCGGCAGCCUGCGCAUGAAAGGCUCCAGGAUCUGGAGAACAGACUAGGGGCCGGGCUGGUGCCUCUGCUCCUCGAAGCAUAUGCAGAUGCUUCUGUGGAUGCCCAGGGGAGGUAUCUGGCAAUUCUGAUGUGCAAGAAUGUUGUGGACCGCCAGUGGCAGCUGCGUGGCUCCGGCAAGGUCAUUUCAGCAGAGGAAAAGAACGCCAUCAAGGAGCAAUUGCUGCGUCUGGUCAAGGCCGCAACUUCUGGAGGAUUGCCCCACCUUCUGGAGUUGACGAUGGUCCUGCGGCGAGUAUGCAGAUUUGAGUUCCCCAUGAACUGGGACGGCUUGGCUCACCUUCUGCUGGCUGAGCUGCAGGGCCUGCGGGAGAGGGGUUUCAGCGAGGCUGCCCUGGCCGUGGUGCUGGUGCUGCACCAGGUGCUCAAAGAGCAGAGCUCCAAAAGGCUGCUGUCGUCAAGACGUGAGUUCCACCAGUUGGGCGGCUUGCUGGUGGAACCUCUGGGCGCUGUCUGGGCGCUCAAGAUGGAGCACAUGCGCCACCUCAAGAACCAAGGGCUCGGGCCGCAGGUCUCACCUUUUGUAUACAAGAAGCUUUUGAUGCUGUACACUUGGCAAUUUUGGGUCAAGCCCUGA